CGUGACGGACAAGUGCGCAGCUGCCGCUUCUGCGAGAUCCUGCGCACCAAGGCCGAGCCCUUCCUGUACGAGGACGAGCACGUGGUGGUCUUCCGCCCGCUGCGGCCCAUCGUGCCCAGCCACGUGCUCAUCGUGCCGCGCGCGCACAUCCGCAACGUGAACCGCCUGGCCGCGAGGCACCGCGGCCUGCUCGCGCGCAUGCACCGCGUGGCCGAGGCCGUGAUGGCCAAGGGGUCGCUGGAAGAGUACGACGAGAACCCCGUGCGCUACUCGUUCCACGUACCGCCAUUCAACAGCAUAGACCACGUGCACAUGCACGCGUUCUACGACGACCCGCGUCGCCUGGGAUAUUACGGACGCAUCAAGUACCGCACAGAGUCGUGGUGGUGUCGCUCGUACGACCAGGUCAUGGCCAGACUCCAG